UCUGUUAUGUGCAUGGUACUGUUCAUGUCUAUAGGCGACGGUUACCACUUUCCAUCAGGUGGGCCGUCAGCUUGUUUGCCAUUCUAAGUUGUAUAAAACAAAUUGUCCAGGACUGCACAGCUGUUCCCGUGACACAGACGCGUUUAUCCACUCCCUUCGGAAGUACCCGAGCCUGUCUCCCGACCGGGCCACCUCGUCUGACCUGGUUUGCAAGCUACUAGCCUACACACAAGCUAAGAAUGCCACAAAAGCUUCCCGUCGCACACGAAGCAUGCAUAAACUCCGCGACAAAAUCAACCCUCAACAUUCAGAUGUGAAAGAUAAAGUCUCCAAGAACAUGCAGACUUACACGCGGAUAAAGGUCAGAGAGAAUGUUUAUGCUGUUACCAACGAAGACAGGAGUAGUCUGCCGAAGACCAGAACUAAGAAGACAAAUAUAUUAUCUCCGUUGAACGAAGAAAACGUAAGGUAUAGAGACAACCAGCUAAACAAUAAAUACGACUAUUUGAAGUUGGCUUCCCCCCGCCGUCACGCGAAGUUCGCUGAAGUCAGGUACCUCAACGAGGUGACCAGGUGCUUGAAGGACACCAUACGCCAAAUCUGUAACGAUAGAUCAGUGUGCCCUCAAAUCCAGACUCGGUACAGUCGCCACCAGAGGGAGCACCAUAAUAAACGCGAGGCGCAACACGCUACAACACUCCCAAUAUGUUCAUCGUCUCAGAAAACGUGUUACUGCAAAAAACCAAAAACUUGCCCUUGCGAAACGACAAUAACAACAUAUUCCGAUAUACAACCUGAAACACGAACGUUAAAUAAAUCACACGACGACGAUUUUGAAAAAUUACAGCAAAUUAUCAAUCAAUGGUCACAAACUGUACCAAUUUAUCCCAAUAUUAGUGUAGAAGAUAAAGCCAAAAGAGAAGAAGUAUUAAACAAAUUGAUAAGCACGUUGAACCAGGUAAAGGAUGAAUUAUCGACUGAGGAUUUUAAAGAUAUAGCUAAGUGUAAGAUUGGAAAAUGUAUGGAUAGUCUUCCAAUGUGGUGCCCUGAGGACAGGAAUGAACGAAAUAAAUUUAAAGAGAAGUUUGCUAGAGAUCUUGUCAACAAAUUACAAAGUUUAGAUCUAAAACCUCAUCUUACUAGAUCUGAUAAUCGAAUAAAAACUGCACCUAAUAAUAUAGCAAAAAGUACAUCAAAUGAAGAAAAUUAUAAAUUUAACAAUGAAAUAUUCAAGUGGCUUGAUAACAUUGAAUUUAAAAGAAAUAGUAAAGGACAAGUUAUUGACAAAAGAAAUUUAGGGGUCAUAUUUUCAAAAAGAUUACAAUUUGUAGCUAUGGAUAAACCUUCAGAUGAUGUAUUAAAAAGCGAAAUUGUGGAUAUUCUUAAUCAAUUGCCCAUUGAAAUAGAAGGAAAUAAAAAUAAGUAUAUUGAUGAAUUAGCCAAUAAGCUUACGAAUAAACUAAAAUAUAUUCUAGUUAAUGAUGUUAAGAAAACGAUAGAUAAAAAAGCAUUGAUUCUUUGGAAAACGAAUUUAAAAAUAAAGUUUUUGACUUUCUCAAAAAUAUUCCAGAAUUAUCAGAUCUCGAAGAAAGAAAAAAUUGGCAAAAAAACGUGUUAAA